UCCCCUGCAGUGUGUUGAAAACUUGAAUAUUCCUCUUCCGCCCAAAGUUUUGUGACCGGCGUUGCGUUGAGUCAGAGCACAGUCAGAGCGGUGGGUGUGAUGCCGCUGAAGGUGUGGUCUGUGUGCGGUCAGUCAGCAGUGAAGCCGCCGGCAGGAGAACGCAGGGCAGCAGCUCCAUGGUGAACGACAAAAGUGCGAGCCCGGAGUCCGUCAGGAUGCGGGUCCUGUUGAACGUCCUCUACCCCGUUCUUUUUCUCUCAGUUUUCGGAUUAUAUCCCUCCAUGACAAUCGGUCCAAAGGAGGGCUGGCAGGUGUACAGCUCGGCUCAGGAUGCUGAUGGGCGCUGUAUCUGCACAGUGGUGGCACCAGAACAGAGUCUCUGCUCUCGAGAUGCCAAGAGCAGACAGCUCCGCCAGCUACUAGAGAAGGUGCAAAACAUGUCUCAGUCCAUUGAAGUGUUGAACCUGCGAACUCAGAGGGAUUUCCAAUAUGUCAUGAAGAUGGAGAACCAGAUGAAGGGCCUGAGGACCAAGUUCAGACAGAUUGAGGAUGACAGGAAAUCCAUCAUGGCCAGAAACUUCCAGGAGCUUAAGGACAAGAUGGACGAGCUAAAGCCAUUGAUCCCUGUGCUGGAACAAUACAAGAUGGAUGCCGCACUCAUAUCCCAGUUCAAGGAGGAGAUCAGGAACUUGUCAGUGGUGCUGACAGGCAUCCAAGAAGAACUUGGGGCCUAUGAUUAUGAUGAGCUCUAUCAACGAGUACUGCGCCUGGACAGCAGGCUCCGGAGCUGCAUGGGCAAAUUAACGUGUGGAAAAUUAAUGAAAAUCACUGGACCUGUUACAAUAAAGACAUCUGGAACCCGGUUUGGAGCAUGGAUGACUGAUCCACUGGCAACAACCAGAAACAACAGGGUUUGGUACAUGGAUGGUUACACCAACAGCAAGAUUGUGCGUGAGUACAAAACAGUGGAAGACUUUGCAGCAGGGCUGGUUUCCCGAACAUAUAGCCUCCCAUUCAAAUGGGAGGGAACCAAUCACAUUGUCUACAAUGGAUCACUUUACUACAACAAGUACCAGAGCAACAUUAUUGUGAAGUACAGCUUUGAGACAGGCAGUGUGCUGGCACAGCGAGCUUUGGAGUUUGCCGGCUUCCACAACAUGUACCCAUAUUCAUGGGGGGGAUACUCCGACAUUGAUGUCAUGGCCGAUGAGCUGGGCAUGUGGGUAGUGUACGCAACCAAUCAAAAUGCAGGCAAUGUUGUGAUCUCUCAGAUUGAUCCGGACACCCUGCAAGUCCUGAAGACUUGGAACACGGAAUACUCCAAGCGGAAUGCAGGUGAAUCCUUCAUGAUCUGCGGGACGCUGUACAUCACCAACUCUCACAUGUCAGGAGCGAAGGUUUACUAUGCAUACUCCACCAAGACGUCAGCCUAUGAGUACACAGACAUUCCUUUCCACAAUCAGUACUUUCAUAUCUCCAUGCUUGACUACAAUGCCAGAGAGAGGUCACUGUAUGCCUGGAAUAACGGACACCAGGUAAUAUUUAAUGUCACCCUCUUCCAUGUCAUCAAAACAGAGGAUGACUCGUAGACAUUAUGGAAUUGUUUUUCCAAUCACAAAUAAAAACAGCAUCAUUUGUAAUACAAAGACCACUCAUUUAGCUGUGUUUGAUUUUGUCUGACAUGGACUAUGGUAUCUUUACUUGCAUUACUUGAACUUUUAUAAUUUGUGGUUCUGGAUUCUUGGCUGAGCAUGGACGUCAAUAACAUGAUACCUUUCUGGACACCAUGAGAUAUUUUAAUAUGCUUUCCAUGGCCGCUGAUCGGACUCAUGCCUUAUUUACUAUGUGUCAGAUCAGGUCUUGAUGGCUUUUGCAUGAAUGUCUACUUUUUUAAUAUUAUAACUGUGUUUUGGUUGCCAUCUGAUUUGCUUAGUGUUUGACAUUUUUGUCUGUUUGAAAAUUCUAUAUGAAAGUAUUUAAAGCCGCUCUUUAUUGCACAUUUGGUUACAUGUAAAGUUAGUCAAGUGUAGCUAUUCUUUUAAAUGUGGACCUGUAAAAUAUUGCUGAUAUGUCACCGUGGAAGGAAUACAUUUGUAUUUUUUAUAAAAACAAAAUGCUGGAGAAAAUAUGUUUUCAUUUUCAUUCAAAUAAAACCAAUGCAUAUUUCAUUUAAACUGAA